CAUAAAUCUGAUUAGAACUCCCUUUUGUUUGAGAAGCGGCACCGGGGUUAACAGAGGCUAGUCUCGCCGCGGGCCAUGUUUGAUAGGACAGGGGGUGUGUGGACGUUGGCGGGACGGCAAAGAGAAAGACUGGGGGCACGUUGUGUUGUGGCGGCCUGUUUCCACGUGUGUGUGAAGCCCCAGACAGACGGGGGAGGGUCAUGGCUGUGUGUGGAAGCACAAUAACAGGAUGAAUAAAGGUUUUUUUCCCCCCCUCGAUUUGUGUGUUUCUGAGUCAGCUGAUGAUGGUGGAUGGAGACAGGAUCUAAGCUAACAUGAGACAACAACAACACUGGCAUGCAGACACAAAGACAGCUAGCCGGUUUGAACCUGUUCAAAUAAUCUGACUCAGAAAAAUGGAAGCAGUGUUGGGUACAAAGGGCAAACAAGGCUCUAUAGUUGAAUAUCAAAUGGUCAGUUGCAGAAAUGUCUAGAACUUUCCUCACAUUUCUAUCCCUCUAUUUCUCCACAGUGCCGGCUCUGGCCCAGGCUACAGCCAUGCCUCUUCUGGAAGAGACCACUCUGCCACAAGAGCACCCACCCACUGUUCCUGUGGUCAUCAUAGGCAAUGGGCCAUCAGGUAUUUGUCUGUCAUACCUGCUGAGUGGAUACAAGCCUUACCUAGACACAGCAACGGUCCACCCGAACCCGAUACUAUACAGAAAACUGCAGGAGACCAAGCAUCUACCCAUCACUGAACAGGACCUGGAAUAUUUGAGUGAAGGUCUUGAGGGGAGGUCAAGGAACCCCGUGGCUGUGCUGUUUGACACACUCCUGCACCCCAAUGCUGACUUUGGCUAUGAGUUCCCCCCAGUCCUUCAGUGGAGGAGGGACAAACAACAACACAUCCCACAUCUUGUCUUGGGGAGGGCAACACCUGGAGGUGCCUGGCAUGCAAUGGAAGGCUCCAUGCUAACUAUUAGUCUUGGCAUCUGGAUGGAGCUUCCCGGGGUCAACUACAGAGACUUGACCAACGGAAAACGAAGGGAUGUAACCAGUGACAGAGCUACCCCAGAAGAGAUCUCAUCCUAUUACCGUAACUAUGUGAAGCUAAAGGGCCUCCAAAAGAAUUUUGCUGACAACACCUAUGUGACCUCCGUCCAGAAACUCUGCCGGGGGCAUGAGGGGGAAGGUCUUGAAAAUGGGCACAAUGAUGAAGGAGAUGGAGGGGUGGGAGAUGGUGGGAAUGAGGGCUUUGAAGGAAAUGGAGGGGGGGCUCUCUGGGAAGUGAGGGGAUACCAGCAGGUGCAGAACGACACUCAUGUCCCCUUCUCUCUGUUUGCUGAGAAUGUAGUUCUGGCCACCGGUGCAUCUGAUUCACCAGUUCGAUUAAACGUAGAGGGGGAGGACCUACCAUUUGUAUUCCACAACAUCUCAGACCUUGGCCUGGCUGUGAGCCAGAGAAAACUGGACAUGAACUCCGAUCCGGUUUUAAUCGUAGGUGCUGGUUUAAGUGCUGCAGAUGCAGUUCUGUGUGCUUGCAACAGCAACAUCAGAGUGCUACAUGUCUUUCGUAAGAGCGUAGACGACUCAGACCUCAUCUUCAAACAGCUGCCCAAGACCCUGUACCCAGAAUACCAAAAAGUCUACAACAUGAUGUGCUCUCAGACCUACACAAACGUGGCUCCUUCCUCUGCUUCAAACAGAUCCCAGCCAGUGAGUAUUGCUUCUUCCGUUUGUGCCAAGAUGUGCCCAAAGCCCCAACUUACCGCAGGUAACAUGGCUGGUAAUACUGGUGUCAGCCUGUUUCCUGAUUACACCAGUUUCCCCGAACACUGUGUGGUGUCCCUCCAGUCUGACAUGAAGUGUUUGCUGCAGGGGAACAACUCCCUGAAGGCAUUCAAGAUCUCCAUGGCCCUGGUGCUGAUUGGGACCAACCCAAACUUGUUUUUCUUGAAGGGGCAGGGCCAGUACCUGGGUCAGGAUCCAACAAAACCCAUCUCUUGCAAGCAGAACCCCAUUGACAUCCACCCCUACACUUUUGAGUGUACCAAGGAGCCAGGUCUGUUUGCCAUGGGCCCGCUGGUGGGAGACAACUUUGUUCGCUUUUUGAAGGGUGGCGCUUUGGGCAUUUCCUCGUGUCUGCUGAAGAGACUCAAGAAGAAGGGGAAGCUCAUCAGCAAUGGGGGGAAUAACUUCAUUUGAAAAAGUGAUGGAGAAGAGAGUAGUACAUGUUGGUCGUAGGGCACAGAUUUCAAGUGCUUUUACCAACUGAUGUAAAAGGGGAAGAGGAAAACAAGAAUUUUAAUGUUUUAAUCAUUAAUGCAGUGUUUUUUCAUCAAAGCUAAGGCAUUUUUACAACUUUCUGAGACCAAAAAAGACAAUGGAUGUACACUAAUUAGUUUCUAAAGAAACAAAAAACAGCUUUCAAGAGUCUUGUCUGACUUCAUAAGAAGUCCCCAGAAGUCCAAGCUACCGUGUGCCAAUGUUUUCUAGUCGAUCUGUAACCUCACAACUGAAUGGGACCUUAUUUUCAUCAGGGUUAUUUAUUUGUUCACCUUGUGUCUUUCAACCCAUCUACUAACAACACUUAAUUUGCUGCUGAUUUCAGUUUAGCCCUUUAGGAGAGGGAGUGCUCAAAAGUAGAAACCACUACUAUAAAUCUCCAUGGAACAUAAAGCUAAUAGUUCUGAAAGUGAUAGACUCACACAGAGCAACCUGUGGUCCCACUUACAAACUUAUUAUUUCAUAGAGUGUGACCCAACAAGUUCAUGGCUAAGCAAUCUUAAUGUUCCUGAUUAUUCUGAGCCUACCAUUCUUUGCUUUUUUGAGUCUUUGAUGACUCUUCAUUUAGCUGCUAUUGUAGGUAGUCGGAGCCAUAUACCUAAAAAAAAGUUAGGAGAGUCUAAUAAAUCUGACCUGUUUCUUUAGUUGUAGCGCUACUGAGAGGCUUUCUAUGCAAAUAAUUUCACGUGCAGAUCUGAAUGUAUUCAUGGAUGCCCGUUGCUAAUUUUACUGUGAGCAAUAAGUUUGAACUCAAGUGACAUGGCAUAAGAUAUGGUCAAUAAAGGACCAUUCUGGUGUUUUACAUUUUUCUUCUUUUUAAUAUUAUCUUCACAUAGGUACUCAGGAGAAUGGUGAAAAUGGUGAAAAUCUUUAUUUUUGUUUACAUUUAUACUCAGAAAAAACACCAAUCUUCAUAGCACUAAAUUUAAUUAAACAGUAUCCUUUUCACAAUAAUGUUUACUUAUUGUUUCUUUUUUGGGUAGAAAACCGUGAACACUCCUGCCAUUUGGCUGCCAACUCCAAAUUCUGACAAGAGGAAGCUUCUCACCAACUCAUGAAAACACUACACCAGCAGAGUCAUCAGUCCGUGCUUUAAACUGUUACCGCACAAUGAUAAAUUUAGACAAAAUAAAGAUGGACAUGGUGUUCACUGAGAGGCUUCUUUAGUGGUGAAAUACAAUUUGUAGAAAAUACAAUAAAACAACAAACACCAGCAUGGUCCUUUAACCUCAGAUAAUUGCCAAUUACAGCAGGGUUACAAUAUAGUGGAAAAGUCACAUAAUUCUUUAAUAAUAAUCCAGUUAUCUAGAUGCCACAAUUACAAUAAUUAGUGCAAAUUUUCUUGUCAUUUCGGGCAGAGUCAGUGCCAGCUUAUCUGAAUCAAAGCCCAUAUAGAUACACAUGGAGAGAAGGGGCUUAUAAAAGAGCCAAAAACAAAACACAACAGAAAAAACACAAAUGCAAAAUUUUGCAAUCAAAUCAUCCAAAUAAUGUAUUUUUAUAUCAAAUUGAAUUUUAGCAGCCACUUUGUAUUUUCGUAACUACAUUAUGCCACUUAUAACAUGUUGUGGCGAUCCCUGUAGAGGCUAACAGUAGCCACUUAAGUCUUUGUGCAUGAUUGGGCAAUUUACGUAUCGAUAUCUAUUACCAACUAUUAUCACUGUAGUCAUCAUAGGUUUUUCUUAACAUUUGUGAAACACAAGACACAAAUCUGUUUACCAUCCAAUUUAGAUUUCUUUCUAGCCUGUUUGGGAAUGUCAGAUGAAAAUGAUUAUUCCAGGUCAACUUCCCUCCAUCAUGAUGAUUCGAGUGAUGAACAUUAACCAGACAAAUAAACAGGUGAUUUCCCAAAUAAUGUUUCCCAAAUGAUACGAUCAAUGUCAGACUUUGUUCCCCCCCCAUGUUGCCCAGCUCUACACGUGUGUAUCUAUAGCUGCAUAAUUCUUCUGCCAUUUCUUUAUACAGCUUCACAGUAAACACUAACUACUGUUUCAUUAAGUGCAGUUAAGAGAGGUUCUGAGCAGUGACAGUAGCAAUCAAUUUUCCAUUUCUGCCUUUGUUCCAGUUAUUUAAACACCGUCUGCAAAGAGUGUGUCGCCAUAUGCAUAAUUUUCGUGCUGCUCACACACAACUCAAGGUUUGUUAAUUGUGAUGUGACAUUUUGAUCCUUGUGUAUGGAAAUUCUUCUUUUGCCCCCUUCAAUACAAUAUGGUAGUCAGAGUAAGUGUUGGGGGGGUAAUGCAUUACUUAGGAAAAUGUUACUGUAGUCAUAUUACUUUUACACUAACAAAGUAGUAGAACACAUUACUGUUUAAUUUUUGGUAAUCAUAUAACAGUUAAUUAGUGAAAUUGUUGUUACUGGUGUUUAAUAUUGAAUUUUAACUGAAUUAUUCCUUGAUUCUUCUUUCACUGACUUCUGAAUAUUGUUUUGAUAUAAAUAUUAAAUAUAUGCAUGCAGGCAUGAACUAUUGCCUAGCAGCAGCCGCUGUGAGCAGAAGACAGAAAAGUGCUGUAAGGACAGACGUGGGAAGAGUUAAGCCAGUACAUUGAAGGACUGCGGAGGAGACUGGCUGUUUCAGCAGUGGAGAUAACUCUCAUUAUAGUUUUGAAUUUACUUCAAGGAAAGAUAAAAAUUUGAACCUGUUACAUCCAGGUCAGACACACCUGUCCCCCACUGUCAACUCCCAAGAGCUGUCUGCUUGCUUAACGGGUUUAUUUUGUGUCCAUUCAUAGAAUUUACAUUUUUAAAACAGAUUUGUAUGGAUGCUAGAAAGCAACUUCUAAGUAUUUAGUGAAAAAUUUGCUUUAAUCACAAAGUAAUAGGCAAUAUAAUCACAUUGCAAUUUAGAGAAAAAGUGUUUAAAGGCAGUCUCCUACUUCCUUUUGCCACCCUGCUGCCCAUGAAAGGAUCAGACUUGCACAAUUCAAGCUGAGUUAACUCUCAGCUUGUACAGGGCACUUGCUGUGAAUAUGAAGGAACAGUUCAACUGUCUGCACAGCAAAGGCCAAGAUAUGUUUUGGCAUGAUGACUACCUAUCUGAAUAGUUUCAGAUAUGUAAAAGUGCCUAAAGGGGUGGCUUGUCGGAGAACAUUUGAGAAAUGAUAACACUUGAAUCCUUCUCCUCUUACCCACUCGACAAGUUUCUAGCUCAGCUAAACCAGGGAACACAUUUGGUCUUAACUUCAAAGCAAAGGAAAAGCUGCUUUCAGCAUGUAGAGU